CGAAAAUCGUUUGGUUCAUAAAAUAUCAGUUUGCUUUGGGAAAAUAAACCUUUUUCUUCUAGCUCAUCAAAAAGUCAAAUGUCCAAGAAAUCUAGGGUGAUAAAGACGUAUGGAAGGCACAAACACCGGACCGUGAAGGCUCAAAUUUGGCUUUCUCCGGAAGAAAAUGUUCAUUCCCCGUUUGGAGACGGUUUCCUUUCCAAAAUCGAAGCAAGCUCUUCGACCAAUGUUUUCAAGCCGAAGUUGUCAAAAUGGUCUAAGCCCUCAAAAAAGGACGCAACUUUACAAGCAUCAUUCGAACACCAAAGCUGUGCGAUUCCAAUCGUUAAGAAACAAAAAAAAAGCUCAUCUAAUUUACUAAUAAUCGAUGAUAAAGAAAACAGCCAUAAUUCAAGUUUGUCAGCUGAUGACCAAAAGGAGAGGAAGCUCAAGAGGAAAAGGCAAACAUUGUUCAGUAAUUGUACGCCGCUAUCAACACAAAGAGGUUUAAAUGUUGUGGCAUCAACUAAUCAAUCGGAAAGUGAAAAGCUGGUGGUCAAAGAACCUGACGUCGUUUUGGUGAAUGAUAGCUUUGAGAGUAGAGAACAAAGUACCUGCCAUUUCCACGAUGUCAUUUGUAUUGAAGAUAGUGUACAAGAUGUUGUUCUUCAAUCUGAAUGCAAUCACCCUUCAAAUCUAAGUAAUAAUAUUUCAAAUGGAGGGCAAAAUUGGAGAGGAAAUGAUAAUGCAUUCUGCAAUUGUGCUUCAAUAUCAGGAGACAGGGAGAAUUAUGACUUAGGAAACAGAGACUGCACCCAAAGUAACAAAAGCAACAACACAGUUUUUCAAAUUGACAGCUGCCACUCAACCUAUGCCACUUCAACUCCAGUAUUCAAUGGUGAAAGUUCUCUAGCAGUUGGAGAAAUGGGCCAGUCAGAUUCCCAAAACUCCUAUUCAAUAGAUGGUAAGGUUCUUUUGGAACCAAUUAGAAUCACACCAAUUCAGUGGGAGAGAUCAUUAUUAUUGUUAUCUUCUACUGAAAAAUCCAGCGAUGAAAAUAGUAACCAGUAGUCAGCUGAUGAUCACAGAAAUUCAGGGGCACUUGAAACUUCAAGCUUAACUCACAGUAACAGGACAUCCAAAGAGAUAAAAGAGUGUGUUGUUUCCUUGGAGAAGUUAAGGAUAACACCCUUAAAAAAGAGGGGUAAAUAUCUCACAACAACAUUAUCUGGUGAUGGAAGCCUUCUGUUUGUUAACAGAGGGAAGUCCCAGCUCUCAUUUGCGGAAGCCUUAACUCCAGUCAAGAAAAACAUCAGCAAAACAGACUUUGAAUGGGAAUCUGAAGUAGAAAAGGAGCUCACUAAUUUUGAGAAGGUGCUAAUGGAGUGUGAUCAACAGAGGCCAAUGAAAUUUUCAGAAUUCCUUGACAAGAGUCUUCUGGAGAGCUGUGUAAAAAUUGGAGAGGGAGUUUAUGGAGAAGUCUUCAAAGCUCAGUAUGAGAAUGGACAAUCAAUUGCACUGAAGAUCAUCCCAGUUGAAGGUAAUUUUCAAGUGAAUGGUGAGCCCCAGAAGUCAUUUGAAGAAAUUUUGCCAGAGAUUGUUAUUUCCAAGGAGCUGAGUUUACUUGGAGAUUCCCAUACAAAUGACAAUGUGUCUUCAACAUUCAUCACCGUCCGCAGUGUAACGUGCAUCCAAGAUGAAUAUCCCAGCCAUCUGAUAUCUGAAUGGGACAGAUGGAAUGACAAACACACCUCAGAAAACGACAGGCCAGAUAUCUUCCCGAGUGAUCAGUUCUUUGUUGUGUUCGAGUUUUCAAAUGGCGGUAAAGAUUUGGAGAGCUUUGAAUUCAACACCCUGUCAGAGGCGUGGAGCGUACUGCAUCAGACGGCCCUUGGACUAGCGGUGGCUGAGAUAGCGCUGGAAUUUGAGCACCGAGAUCUGCACUGGGGAAAUGUUUUGAUUUGUAGGACUGCGGACGAGUUUGUAGAGAGCACUUUGCAAGGAGAGAAAAAACUGGUACCGAGUCAUGGUGUCCGAGUCAGUCUGAUCGACUUUACUCUCUCACGGCUGAAAAAAGAUGGCGUGACGGUGUUUUGUAACAUGGCAGAGGAUGAAUCUCUGUUCACCGGUAGAGGAGACUAUCAAUUUGACGUGUAUCGACUCAUGAAGAAAGCAAACAAGAACGACUGGGAACCGUUUGAGCCUCACACAAACGUGCUUUGGCUUCACUACCUCGCCGACAAAAUGUUAAAGAAGAAGAAAUACCAUGGAAAAGAUAAAGAAAUGGAGACACAGCUAAAGAUGUUCUUGAGAAAAGCAAGAAAAUGCUCUUCUGCUACAGACAUUGUUCAUGAGCUUUUCGCUUAAAAUGAAAAAUCAAAUUCCAUAUAAAUAUAUAUACACAUUUUUUUAUACUUUAUUUUUUUACAAACCUGGCUUAGGAAAUAGUUUCUGUGAAACUUUAAAGAAGGGUUGAAUGUUUACUUGUCAUGAGUAACAUAUAAAGUAUACUAGGACAAGUAAAGUCGAAUUCAAUUUGUAAAUAGGUGAUGUUUGGAAUUUUUAGAAUAUAUAUCAUAGCGCUUAAAUUGUUGAUAAUCGGUAAAACGACGAUGCCUUUUAUGUACGCUCUGUCUCCCGCCAACAAAUUGCAUCGUGAGCAAUUCGGAAAUAGGAUAUAAAGAAAAAAAUACUAAUUUACCACUUUUAUCGACAAUAUCGUAUUGUACAAACCGGGUUUCCUUUAUAAAUAGUAGCCAACAUUAUUAAAAUUGCAAUUUA